GUCUGAACGACCUACAGCAGCUGAAUUAUUAAAUGAUCCUUUUAUUUUACAAUAUUUUGGAAAUUCGUUUGUUUCUUGAAAAUUAUUUUUUAAUUUAUUGUAGAAAUCGUGGAACUAGUAGCAAAAAAAGAAUUGAUGGAGCUCCCCCUGUUAAACAUCCAAGUAAAUUCUACCGAUCCGCUUCACAUAUGGGUGGAAUGACUGCAUCUGGGGCAACUGUUUCUGCAUCGAUAUCUGAAACUGGAAGCAGCAAACCUUCCAAUAAACACCAACAACAACAAUCCUCAUCUCCUAAUCGUCUUCGAAAUUUGUCACCUGUUACUACAUCCAACAAUAUAAAUACUUCUACAGCUGUUACUUCUCUUCAUAUUAGCCCAAUGAUUGCCACAAAAAGAGGAAGUUGUGGGACAACAUUAGAAAAUAAUAGGAGUACUGGAAGUGGUGGAGGUGGGGGUAUUAUUGGCCGCCUUGGUCAUGAAAGAAAUUUAAAAUUGCGUAUUGAACCAUGCCUUUCAACACCUUCAUCGCUUGGACAUUCUGGACCCUCAUCAGCAAAUCCAAUAUUAAUUAGUACUGCUUCAACUUGUUUUUGCACCCUUCCUUUCUCCACUUCAGUCUCCCCAAAAUUAACACCAUCAUCGGGUAUCUUUUGUAGUUCAUCAACAACAGCCUCUUCUUCACUACUUUCUUUAGAGGCAACUUCACAACAACCUUUUACACAAAUACAAACGUGUGGGUCUGGUUGUGCGGCAAGUGGUCAACAACAAUAUCAGCAUCAUCAAAUGCGUGUUUGUGCAGCUCAUCCUAGACAACCUUCUAGUCCUCUGGCUAUUCCUCACGUUUCUCAACCUACCAGUCCCGUCCGUGAUUUUCAAACUCCUUUAACAGCCAGUCCUUCUUUUGGUUCAGAAUCCGGGCCUUUUAUUGCCGGAAUUUCACCUUCAACAGCUUUAAGCAUUCCGGAAGAAAAUUCUUUGUGUAAUUUUUUCUUCACUCUUCAAAAGGAAGGUGAACGUCGUGCAACGUUGUUACUUAUGUUAGAGCAACAUGAAACACAGAUAAUAGAAAAAUGGCAUGAGCAAUUAUCCUUGGAGAUUGGUGUUGAUGAGCUAAUAAUUUCUAAAGCUUCACUUACUCAAUUAUUACAAGGCUUACGCCUCUUUAUUUUGCCAAAGGAGGGCGGUGGUGGUUGGGAAAUGGCGGCCGAACAUUUACAAAAUACACUCUCAACAAUUUCACAACAAAAUUUAAGUCCUAGACAAGAGCCGGGAGCGCCAAUUAAUCAGCUGAUUAUUGCACUUUAUCUUUUUCCUACAACGGUUCAACCUCUACUAAAAUUACAAAAAAUCAAGCCACAUUGGAUGUUUACAUUAGACGAUCUUAUUCGUAAUGCAGUUCAACAAGCCUUACGUCUUUUAAAACCAGAAGAGCAACAACAAACAGCAAUACCUGAACAACAACAACAACAACAAUCUUUUAUUCAACAACAAAUGCCUCCAGUUUGUUGCAUUGAUGCUAAUAAUCGACAACAACAACAACAAUCUUCCCCUUCAAUUAUCCCACCUUCUGGAGGUGCUUCUUCUUCCUCAUUGUCUUCUUAUUCUGAACAAAUUAAAUUACUUUGUGAUGAAUUAAUUGCUGUCGAGAAACGUUUACUUGGAGUUCUUGAAGCAGCAUUUUCUGAUCGUCAAGAACGUAUACGAACAUUUUGUAAUGUUGCUGCAUCUUCUUCUUCUAAUCAUUUACAAGAACAAAAUAAUUUGUUAAUUUCUUCUUUAAAUGAAGAUAGCGGUAUUGGAAGUGGGGGAACAUUGACAACCAAUACAACAACCGGGGAUGUUGAUUGUGAAGGGGAUGAGUCGAUCCGUGAUUGGUUACGCCGAAUAGGCUGUGAUUUAACUUCAAUUUUGUUGAUUGAAAGUGAAUGCUAUACAAAACGGGAUUUACUCGAAUUGGUCACUCGUGAAGAGUUGAUUCGAUUGGGGAUACGUGGAGGAAUUGCUUGCCGAAUUUGGCGACAUAUUGUUCGGUCAAGAAUGGACAGAUCUAAUUUUAAAGUAUUAAGCCCAACAAGCCCUACAACAACAACAAAUUCAAUUUGUAACACUCCUCCUUUAACUUUUGGAUCUUCUACUUUUUCUUCUCGUAAUCAACAACGGCACUAA